UCCCGACGCCGCUCACUCUUCGUACCCUUUGCGGCGUCCGCCGAGAUCCCAGCCGAGCGCGCCGCCCAAACCAUCCGAUUCCACGGGCCGAGGUCCGCAGUAACCCUUCGGCUACCUACCGCCCCAUGCGAGCACCGACCGUGGAGGUCUCGCCGCUUCAGCCAUAAGACCAGAUCUCGUGACCGUGAGUUUUCGGCUUCUUGGAUGUGGGAUUUGGGCAAGUUGACGUCUUGAAAGCCGAAUAAUCGACCUAGAGGAUGUCGAAUAGCUCUGAUCUGUUACGGUUGAUUGCGAUUUUUCCUUAGAUGCAUUUUCGUUCAACAAAAUAACGUUCAUCAACGCAGAGGAUUACCAGAGAGAGGAGAGCGAUCGAUCGGAAGAGGAGGAUAAAAGCAGCGAUGCCUCUGUACGACUGCCUGUUCCUGGUGAAGCCUCACGUGCGGAAGGAGUCGCUGAUGGACCUGGUGGCGCGCGUGGGGAUCCAGGCUUACGAACGCAACGGUGUCAUCACCGACGUCAAAUCCUUCGGCACCGUCCAGCUCGGUUACGGCAUCAAGAAGACCGAUGGCCGCUAUUACCAGGGCCAACUCAUGCAGAUGACAAUGAUGGUCCCACCCACAUUUAAUCAGGAACUUCAGUACCUAAACAAGGAAGAUCAUCUACUGCGAUGGCUUAUCGUGAAACACAGGAAUGCAGUAUAUGGACUGGAGUUUAUCAAUGAGGAUGAGGGAAAGGAUGAGCUGAGCAUGUUCCGAAGUGGCAGCUUGUUCAACAAGGGAGAAAACGAGGAUGACGAUGACGAUGAUGACGACGGUGAUGAAGAAUAUGACGUGGAAUAGACAGCAUGUUUUGUUGCCCGACGGUUAAGCUUUUCGUCGUACACCAUGAAAAUUUGAAGAAUUAUUUGAGUGGAGGUUGAAGAAUCAGAAAUAACAUGUCCAAGACUAGUCCAGUUAAUGCCAUUAACAAUUAAAUCUUUGUCAUAUAACUGCUGUUCUACUACUGUUCACUAGUAGUUUUAGCAUUUCA